GAAAGCGUCCAGGCCCAGAGGCCAGAGGAGCGAACCUGAUCUCGGACCGAACCCACGCCAGCGUCGCCGCCGGUCGCCGGGGAGGCUGCAGCGAGCUGCCGGAGGGAAGAAGGGGAGAUGGCGAGCCGGCUGUGGAGGUGGUACGCGGACCGGCAGUUCCACAAGUGGGAGAAGACGGUGCUGUGGGACAUGGUGGAGCCCUACCGCCCGCCGCGCUCCUUCGCGCCGCUCGUCGGCACCUACGUCGCCGCCUUCUACACCGCCGUCGUCGCCGCCGCCGUCACCGAGCAGCUCUACAAGGAGAAGUACUGGGAGGAUCACCCGGGCGAGGCGGUGCCGAUCAUGCCGCCCAUGUUCUACUGGGGGCCAUGGAGGGUGGUGAACGGAGAGGUUCCCCGCUUCAUCCAGACGCCCGAGGAAGCUAAGCCGGCAUAGAGCUCCUUCGAGUUCGAAGGGGUCAUGGGAGUAGUUUGCUCUUCUCCUUUUUCUUGAUCGGAGGCCUCUCAUAAGUAACUCACUGUUUGCUGUGUAGCUAUGGCAUUGCUGCAUUUCUUGUAAUUUACAUUCUGGUGAUUGGGCGGUGCCGUGGAAUCAUAAUGGUCUUUUUAUGUAUGCUUGUUUGCACAAAUAAAUUGAUACUUCUAUCGCGGAGCAGAUUGUUUGCAUUUUA